CACUCCAGUGUGGGCAUUCAUUCCAUCGGCAGUUUGUCUCCAAAGAUGCUGUUCACCAACACGCAGAAAAAACACCAUUGCGCAGCGCGAUGUGAUAAAAGAGGAGCGACUUUACUCGUGCAGCGUGUAUUGUGAUGUUUGCGGAACACCAUGUGCCCGUCGGAAUAUUUCGGAGGAUCUCUAGGGUUUGCUGUUUGAGGCGAUGCCUUAUUGCAGAAUCUCCGCGUUCUGCGGGCUACAACCCUGAGCGUUACGCACAACACAUCUCCAUGCGUUAAAGGAGCGCAGCCAGUCUCGGCUGGUUUUGGAAAGGAAAAGGGUGCGAAGCGACCAACAUGACACGAAUGCGCAAAUCGGAGCCAGAAUGGAUACAACUCAGUUAAAUGUAUUGGUGGAAAACGUUUCCAACGAUGCCAACGCCACGGACGCAUCGCUUGGCUUGCCGCACACCGUGGCAACCACUGUGCUCAUCAUCCUGGUGGUUACGGUGAUCAUCUCGGUGACCAUCGUCGGCAACGUGUUGGUGAUUGUAGCGGUGCUGACCAGCCGGGCUCUGCGUGCGCCCCAAAAUCUUUUCCUGGUUUCUCUUGCAUCAGCGGACAUCCUAGUCGCCACACUGGUCAUCCCAUUCUCUCUCGCCAAUGAGAUCAUGGGCUACUGGUACUUUGGAAGUACUUGGUGCGCCUUCUAUCUGGCUCUGGACGUGUUGUUCUGCACCUCAUCCAUCGUGCACCUGUGCGCAAUCAGCCUGGACCGCUACUGGUCAGUGACAAAGGCGGUCAGCUACAACCUGAAGCGGACACCUAAGCGCAUCAAGUCCAUGAUCGCCAUAGUGUGGGUGAUAUCUGCGGUCAUCUCCUUUCCUCCUCUUCUCAUGACCAAACAUGAUGAACGGGAGUGCCUGCUGAACGACGAGACCUGGUACAUCCUCUCCUCCUGCAUGGUGUCCUUCUUCGUCCCGGGUCUCAUCAUGAUUCUGGUGUACUGUAAGAUCUAUAAGGUGGCCAAGCAGCGCUCCUCCACCGUGUUUGUGGCCAAGAACGGCCAGGAGAGGCAGCCGUCUCAGUCCGAGACGUGCUUCGUGGGGAAGGACCGGUUUGAGACGGAGAGCCCCAGUAGCCAGAGCUCGGGGAGCCGCCACCAGAGGCAGGGGGAGCUGGAUGACAUUGACCUGGAGGAGAGCUGCUGUCCGUCGGAUACCAAGCUGCGCAAUCAUUGCUUCACCAAACGGAGAAAGGUCGAAGGGUCAGACUGCUGCCCGCCUCAGAACUGCCGUCUCUCCUGGGCUUCAUCGCGGGCGUUACAACUCUACCCGGAGCAGAGGAACCCAGCUGGGCGACAGCAACAACUGGCAGCGGCCAAUAAGACCAAAGUGAGCCAGAUGCGGGAGAAGCGUUUCACCUUCGUGUUGGCGGUAGUGAUGGGAGUGUUUGUGCUUUGCUGGUUUCCCUUCUUCUUUACUUACAGCCUGCACGCUAUUUGCAGAGACAGCUGCUACAUACCUGGUGCACUUUUUAACCUUUUCUUUUGGAUUGGCUACUGCAACAGUUCUGUAAACCCCAUCAUUUACACCAUUUUUAACAGGGAUUUCAGGAAAUCCUUCACGAAAAUCAUUUGCAGAACUUCUGAACGCACAUAAAUACAAAAAAGAGUCCUGGGACAAAUUGGUUGUUUUAUGCUGGGUGUUGUUGGCACUUAAUCUUGACUGACUGCAACCCCCCUCCUCCCCGAAAUAAUUUACUUUGAACUAUUUUCAUGUUUAAAAAGACAGUGUUGUGUGCACAUCUAAAAAUUCUAUGAAUGUAGUUCUAAAUUAAGCAAAAAAAACAAAAAUAUUAGUACAUCAAUGUUGCUAGUCAGUAAUGUUAUCUGUUGCAUUUAUGCCACACUUGUUUUAAUAUGUGUAAUUGUAUAAUAAGUCCUGCAAACAUGCACGUUUGAUCUUAAAAUGUCUGUAUUGCAUAAAUCACUACUGCUGCAAAAAGCAAGAAGAAAAGCUACUCGAAGGAAAAACCUGAAGUCAUGAUGAAGCUGCAUUCCACUGCUGGCGGCUGCAUCGCAGUGUGUGUUUUGUGUAAAGAAAAAAAGGAGAUUAAUCUCCACCAUCCAUAAAUAAUAAGCAUGGGGACGAGGAGGUGAGCAGGUAUGUUCUGUGAGUGUGUCUCACAGUGGAUCAAAAAUGAAAUGAAAUACAAUAUAUCACAUUAUUUAGAUUUAUCAUCUUAUCAUUAGAAUGCAGCAUUGUAGAAAAACGUGGCACAACGGCAGGUUUUUCAAAUCAAUUAUUUUGCACGACAGGCAUUAUUGCCGGUGAACCCUCUAAACUUAUGUAAGAGUCUAAUCUCGCACCAUCUCACACCACAACAAUGUCUAAGCUGAACUGCAUAUGGAAAACCUAUUGGACAAAUCUGUGAGUUUCAUUUUUACACCUCCCCAUACCUCGGUAUUUCGUUGGUAAAUAUUUGAAACAUGCAAUUUGGCAACAGAGACUUAUUUCUGGGUUGUGUAGUCCAGCAAAUUCUACUUUCAUUGUGCUUCAAAAUCCCUUUUCCAGUCUCAUGAAUACAAUGCGACUGCUGUGAUGAGAAAAAUAACCUUCAGUAGAUUGGACUGACUGUUACAUUUACAUAUUGUAAGGCUGCUCACAUGAGAAACUUAAAACACAUCUCUAGAGAUAUUGUGGGAAGAGCUUGAUCUCCACCCAGCAGCCUAUCUCCUUGGUGUAAUAAGAGACCUUACUGUAGUAUUUAGCCAAGUCUCAGGCUCUUCUGCUUCAUGAAGCGGUUUUAAAAGUCCUACAAAUCAUGACCCCCGCAAACUUUGCUUGCAUCACGUUUCAUAUGGGAUGUAAAGUGGAUGUGAAAUGUUGUACAUAUGAUGAAACUUGCAUUAGAAGUUCCUGCUCUUCUUUGGAAAAACAUAGUUAGAAAAAAAGAUAGCUCCUUAUCAGCCUACUGUAUUCAUUGGGGGGGACUGAGAAAUAUACUAUAUUUGUAUCCUCUGAGGCUCGUCUUCAAAGCAGUUCUACGGCUCUAUGGCGCCUUGCCAAAGAUAAUCACGCUGUUUGAAGGCUGUCAUGCUUGAAAGGAGUCGUUUUUUUAAUAGUUGUAUCCAAGUGUUUCUUGUGAUGAGGCUGUUGUUGGAAUACUGUCGAGGGAAACCAGAGUGAAUGUGGUUGCAUAUUUCUUUUUUGACUCUUGACACAUGAUUCUAUUCAUGAACAGUAUUAAAUAUUCUGAGACAAGUGCAGCUGGGGAGAGCGAUGUGUCUUUAUCUCGACGGGACUGCAAAACACUUAAAAAAUAAUUAAAUGUAUGGGCCUAGUCCCACUCACAGAAUGAUUUUUUUCAACUUGAAGAACUACCGGGGGGAAAGGUGUUAAUGAUGUUGGGCAUUGUGUAACUUCAUGUUGUCGUGUAUGUAUACAACUUCAUUUCAAUAUAAACAACAGAGUUAUUGACCCAUGA